AUGAACUGGUCAGGACUUGAAAGCCUGUUGAGCGGAGUCAAUAAGUACUCCACUGCAUUUGGCAGGAUUUGGCUGUCCAUGGUGUUCGUCUUCCGUGUACUAGUAUUUGUGGUGGCAGCUCAGAGAGUUUGGGGUGAUGAAAGCAAAGACUUUGUGUGCAAUACACGACAGCCGGGCUGCACCAACGUCUGCUAUGACCACAUCUUCCCCAUCUCCCACAUCCGUCUGUGGGCACUACAGCUGAUCUUUGUCACCUGCCCAUCCCUAAUGGUGAUGGCUCAUGUCAAAUUCCGGGAAGGCAAGGACAAAAAGUAUGUGGAGUUGCACCAAGGCUCACACCUGUAUGCAAACCCCGGCAAAAAGAGAGGAGGGCUUUGGUGGACCUAUCUACUCAGUUUGGUCUUCAAAGCUGGAUUCGACAUCUCUUUCCUAUACAUUCUGUAUAGGAUUUACCAUGGAUAUGACUUGCCAAAGUUAUCCAAGUGCGCACUGGAUCCAUGCCCAAACACUGUGGACUGCUUCAUCAGCCGGCCGACAGAAAAAAAGAUCUUCAUGUUGUUCAUGGUCAUCUCUAGUGCACUUUGCAUCUUCAUGUGCAUUUGUGAAAUGAUCUAUCUCAUUGGCAAGAAAAUAGUCAAAAACCUAAAGGUCCGCCACGAGAAUGAGAGGGUGGUGUUUGCCGAUCAGCAUGAGCUCACCAACAUGGCCCCACCCAGGUCGAUGUACAGGAAGACUGAUCCAACGCUGGCUGCGAGUCAGCAAAGUUUAAAUAAGAGAGAGAAGACCAGAGAUAUUGGUGCGAUUACAACCCUUUAG